CAGAAGUACUUCUCUGGCCUGCCAGCCAACACUUUUGCCGUGGAUUGGAAAUGUUCGGCGCACCAGGGGCACAGGGUGAUCGAGAAUCGUGAGCGGGAAGUGAUUGGAAACGUUCACGCUGUGCACGUUACUUGCUCGCAACCGCACUGGCAAAACAAGUUUCAGCAGGCUUUGAAGCAGAUCAUCCGUGAGGACCUGGCGUCGGGCGGUUUUCAGAUUCAAGUGCCAGUGCCGCGGUGGCAGGCGCGGAACGAUAGCUUGUUUUCCAGGACUUAUCUCAGGAGACGCACGAUGGUGACCGCAGACAUACUGGACUUAUCAACCCCAAUGGACCUCGGCUCCGACUCUGCCGCCGCAAAAUUCCUUCUGAAAUGGAACGGGGAUUGGACGUUGCCCAAGGUAUCUCACUACUGCAGCGGGCCAGACUGCUGCGGGGGCCUCGACGACGCAUGCGAUCAGUUAUUCGGGGCGGCCAUCGAGAUUGAUCUGCUGAUGUCGAAAGACACUGGGACCCCUAGCUUGGACGAUUGGUUCACAUGUGGUGAGGUCUGCGGCAAGGUCGGCCUCGGGGCGUUGUGCCACAGAGUCCUCGGUCGCGUCAUCGACCUCGCAUUGCCCAACCCAUCGUUGGGCAUGCGGCGGCCGGCACGGGCAGAGAACGCUGGCGAGAGGACCAGGCGCAUAGGACAAAAGAAAGCAUGGCGGAGCAAGUAUUUCCUGAAGGAUGACGAGAAGCUCGCUCGAAUGCUCAUCGUGUGUUUCUACGGCGUCCACGUCGAGAGGCUCAUGGCAGAGUUGCAACAUCGAGACGCACAUUCGAAAGGGCUGUACGGCACCGUGAACGAUACGUCCUUUCUUAAUCCGUUUUACGUGUGCCGUUCUCGAAUUUCCAGUGAGUUGGUUGCGGGCAGAGGCGCGGAUAUAGGUCACAUAUUUGAUUACUAUGACGUCGGCAAGCACAACUUCUUGUGGUCGGAGAUGCGCGGUAUUGGAUUGGACAUGGCUUCGCAAGUGAAGUGGCGAUAUCUCCCGCUUGAGGGCUACCCGCUCAAGCUGGUUGGGAUGGUCCACCCUGGCCUCUCUGAAGCUCAGCGUCGGCGGCACGCAGAUGCUUUCUUCGAGUUGGAGCCGUGCUGCCUGGAGCCGUUCUUCGCAGCCAAAGUCCGACGGGCGUUCCCGUCCGCCGAUGCCAUGUUCAGAGAUAGUGAUUUCAGGCGGAUGUUGAUUAGCCUCGCCGUGGUCUUCAAAUUCUGUAAUAUGCGGUGCGAGCGGUUGCUGGCCUUGUGCAGGAACGCAACCAAUCGCGAGAAGGGCGUAGACAUUGAGCGUUUCUGUUGCACGGGGUUUCUGGCGCAGCUCUUAUCCCAGCAUCGCAAGAACGGGGGCGACGACCCUAGAUGCCCCACGCGGGCUCAAUUGAUUGAAGACGGUGCCCCAGUCAUUGCUCAGCCUCGCCAGCGGAAAGGCCAGGUAUCAGGUGUCUUCGUUCAUUGGUUGUCAAAGCAGGAGAGGGUGAGAAAGCAGAGCGGCCCCCCGAUGAACAAAGACGAGUACGCGGCGUGGAGACGGACCAAGGUCACUGAGUUCCACGAGCUGACCCAGCAGGAGAUCGACGCCGAGAAGGCGGAGGCCGACCACGAGUGCGCCCUCAAGCGCCUCGAGGCCGACGAUGAGCUCCCCGUGGACGGUCUCCCCCUUGGCUCCCGCGGCGUGUUGCAGACGAUCUUGGAGGCGCGCGGGAAUACUCGGACGCCCUUUGCCCCAGAAGAGUUCGAGGCAGAGGAGACCGCAGCUGCCCCUGGGUUCACGAGGUACGAAUCGACUGCCCGAGAGAUGAUCGCUCGGGACAUGUUCGUGUCCGACUCUGGGGACAUCGCCGACGACGAAAUUUUCGACUAUUACGUUCCAUGCGCGCGUGCGCAUCCAGAGCUGUGCGCAUCGAAAGACGCUGGCAGAUUGCCGCUGUUGCUGGAGGCGGCGAGGGGAUUGCGGCAGCAGCUCACGAAAGAUUCGACUGGUCAUUUCUUCUGUUUGAGGUUCGUUGGCCCGCAGGUUGACACGGCGGCGUGGUUCUGUGUUGCCUGCGUUCGGCUUAGCAACCCCGCGGUGGCUAUACUAUGCCCGGCGCUGAUGGACGUCGAUCGCCGCCGCGUCCAGCUUGGCUUUUGGGACGGCGUGGAGUUAGAGUAUCUUGUUGACGUUUCCUUCCUAGGCAGGUAUCUCGGCCACGAUGAGGACGUUGAGAUCACCAACAUAUUUCUGUCUGCCGCUGCCAUCGACCAGGAGAUGCUCGCCGACUCUGCGGCGGCUGUUUUCUUGGUCGACGACUGGAGGUCCCGCUUGUUCAACAGCGAGCAGCCUGUCUUUCCCCCCCGGGGCCGUCUCCGCCAGGCACGGGGCAAGAAGGCCCGCAAGGCCGAUGGCGACGCCAUGGCCGACAUGAGAAGAGGCAUCAGGGCGCUUGGCGGAGACGGCGACAAGAUCAGGAUCAGGCGGCCGAAGCCAGAGGGGCAUGGCUCAGAUGAUGAGCUCUGGAACGACUUCGGUUCUGGUGGCAGCUCUGGCAGCUUGUCUCCUCCCAACGACGGAGAUAGCAGCUCGGGCGCCGACGGGCCCCCCGUCGCUGGCAUUAAGAGGCCCCAGCCGGCCGAGAAAGAAGUCAGGAAGGUCCCUUUCGGUCCGUGGACGGUCAGCGAGGUCUGGAGCGAGGGCGUCCACGUCGGCUUCGGCGGCAACUGCAAUUGCCACCUUGACGCGGGCAAGGACUUGCGCUGCAAGCGGAACUUUACUUUCGCUGGCAUGUCCGUCGUGGCGACGCGUUGCCUCGCCAAGCAGUGGCUCCUCAUGGGCGUCGGCCUGGCUGGCGACGACGCCCGAUCACAGCGCGUAAAGGGCAUCCCUCGGGCCGAGAUCCCGAUUCGAGACGAGGCCGAGCUCGACGCUGCGGCCUUGGCGUUGUUGUGA